AUGGGCAUAGCCGAGUCCAUGCCGGACGAGCUGCCAUCGGACGCGGAGGAGCAACUGCGCAAUGGCGAGGAGCAGUUGGAGCUGAGCGGGAGGCGGCUGCGGCGGCUGCCCAGCGCCGUGUGCGCUCUGAGCCGCCUGCAGAAGCUGUACGUGAGCGGCACGGGGCUGCGCGAGCUGCCCGAGGAGAUCGAGGAGCUGCGCGAGCUGCGCAUCCUGGCUCUCGACUUCAACAAACUCGAGCGCCUGCCCGACGGUCUGUGUCGCCUGCCGCGCCUCACGCGCCUCUACCUGGGCAGCAACCGGCUGCCGGCACUGCCCAACGACUUCGCGCAGCUGCAGAGCCUGCGCUGCCUCUGGAUCGAGGGCAACUUCCUGCGGCGUUUCCCGCGGCCGCUUCUGCGCUUGGUGGCGCUGCAGUCGCUGCAGAUGGGCGACAACCGGUUGCGUGCGCUGCCCGCGGAGCUGCCGCGCAUGACGGGCCUGCGCGGCCUCUGGCUCUACGGCAACCGUUUCGAGGAGUUCCCGCCCGCAUUGCUGCGCAUGGGCCGCCUGCACAUCCUCGACCUAGACCGCAACCGCCUGGGCGGCUUCCCCGACCUGCACCCGCUACGCGCCCUGCGCGUCUUCUCCUACGACCACAACCCGGUCACUGGGCCCCCCCGCGUCGCCGACACGGUCUUCCUUGUGGGCGAGGGCGCCGUCGAGCGCAUGGCCGAGCGCGACGAACCCACGCCCCGGCCGCCGCCCAGGCGCCCAGCGCGGGUCUUUGAGGAUGAGGAGGAAGAAGACCUGCUCAUAGGGGGCGGGAGCUCCCGGGCUCUGGGGCCCCCCGUGGACAGCCUCUGCGCCCUGGAAGCAGCUCCAGGACUGGGCACCUGAGCCUGUGCUCUAGGUGUUUGGGCCUCGGCCACUCUGAGAGGAGGGCCUCUGGGAAGGUUUGUGGGAACGGUGGGUCCCUACUUGAGGCAGGGAAGGGGUCUCUUUGGGCAAGCUGCCGGGGACAGGCAGGCCUGGGGGUCAUCUUCAGACAUUCCAGGGUAGUGAAAAGACUGCCUACUGGCUGGUCUCUGGGCGGUCUUCAGGCCAACAAGUCCCGGUUCCGUCCAGUUCUUAUAGCUCCUUCUGGUCCCUGAUAGAGUCACUGACAACACAGUAGUAAAGGCACCAGCUUCUUCCUGGAACCAGGGUCACACUGACCAUGGAAUCAUCCCCUUGGCAGAGUCUGGAGGCUCAGGGCACCCAGCAACCUCCCUCCUCCUGGAGUCUGGGUCUUCUAGGUCCACCCUUUCUGGCGCAGGAGCCGCUACCUCUGGUGUGGACCACAAGCCUGCUUGAGGAAGAACUGCCCCCAGAAGAAGGCCUGGCCCAGGGGCAGGGGCUUGGAGUUGGGGCUGGUGCCCGGGACAGACAGGUGUGGGAAACCGGGAUUGGGGCCCUAACCAUAGCUGCCCUUGUUCCUCCACCGGGGAUCAUGGUACAUACCUCCCUCCCCAGGUCCCCUAAAUUUUGUGUGGGGAAGGGGGGACUCAGAAGGCAAGGUCUCUGCCCUUGCCUUUUACUCUGUUCUGUUCUUCCAGCCUGUGCCUGGAAUCUUGCUGGGAAAGAGAACAUUCCCUCCCUUCCCCACAGCCUGAGCCUUCCAGCUGUCAAGUUUGAAAAGAAGCCACUGUGCCUCUAGGGCCUCCUGCACUGGAGAGAGAGGCUCUCUACUCUGGGCGGCUGCUCCAGUGUACCCACUGCCUGUACUCUCCAUUCCCUUAAAUGGGCACCAUCGGGGUGGCUGGCAUGGCGUGGGGCAUGGGACGAGCACUGUGUGCCUCCACUCCGUCACCAGGACAGCCUCCGGGGGUGAGGAGUGAGGCCUCGCUCUGCAAUUCCCAGGGCCAGACCUUUCCCAUCCAAGCAAUAAUGGGAGGAGGGCCCAGGGCCAGGGCCGCUCAGGGACACUGUCGGGGGCAGGGCCCCCUCCAUGGUAGCGUUUUCUUUAGGAAGAAAAAAAAAAAACUGGCUGUAAACAUAAAUUAUAUUUCUCGGAGAAAGAAUGUGCGUUUCCCACAUGCCUGUUUAUUUAUAAGCCCUGGGAGCACUGGGUCCCGUUGCUGUGGGGACCGUGGGCUCCCUCUGGCACUGCCCUCUGUCCAUGUGCUCCAGCUCUGUGUCACAGUGGCCCUGGCCAACUGUUGUAUCCUGUCUGGGGAACAAGAGCUUGUCUUCAGUCACAAAUGGCUUUGGCUGCGCUCUCAUCUGGCUGUAUCUUACUCUCUGCCACCUGGCCACCGCCCCUCACCCCCAGUCCCCCUUCCUUGGUCUUCUCCAGCUUAAUCCUCAAGUUCCUGACUCUUAAUAUGUUUCUGAAUCUCAAGCUUGGCUGACCUUUCUCUAUUCUUUCACUGGCACUGACCCCCAUCCUCCCUGUCUGAGUCUAUUCUUCC